CUGAACGGAAACUACCACACCAAACUCUAGACGUAAGUAUCUCGAUUUCGCCCUGAAAUAACAAAAGGAAUCUCAAAAUGGCUCCCAAGGCAGAAAAGAAGCCAGCCGAGAAAAAGCCAGCCGCAGCCGAGAAAGCGCCGGCGGAGAAGAAGCCAAGGGCAGAGAAGAAAUUGCCUAAAGAAGGAGCGAUUGACAAGAAGAAGAAGAAGGCUAAGAAGAGCGUGGAGACUUACAAGAUUUACAUCUUCAAGGUUUUGAAACAAGUCCAUCCUGAUAUUGGGAUCUCAAGCAAAGCAAUGGGUAUCAUGAAUAGUUUCAUCAAUGAUAUCUUUGAAAAGCUUGCACAAGAGGCUUCGAGGCUCGCUCGGUAUAACAAGAAGCCUACAAUUACGUCCCGGGAGAUCCAGACUGCUGUUAGACUGGUUUUGCCUGGAGAGCUUGCGAAACAUGCCGUUUCUGAAGGGACUAAGGCUGUUACCAAGUUUACCAGCUCUUAGGUGGCCAGGGUUUGUUGGGUUCUGGAUGGUGGGUAUUUUGCGAGGUUCGAUCUGUCAAUUAGGGUUUCUGUUCAUGUAUAGUUUCAGGUUUCGAUUUUAGUCGAAUUGAUGUGGCUGUUUGGUUUUUCUCAAUGAUACAUGGAUCUUGUUCGUAAAUUGUCCUUGAUUAUUGGGUUUAUUUGUUUCUUCUCACUCAUUUUACUUUCUGUUUGGGUUUUUGAUUCGCUUUGUUGAUUCGGGUUACUUUUCCUGUGGUUUCGUGCAUUUUUUUGUAUCUGAAAUUGUUCUAGAUUGUUUCAUCGGUUGCAAUUCGACUGGAACUUAAUUGAGUUUAUUGC